CACAAGCACAAAAUAUUUUGCUUCCUCCUUGUUUCGUUUCAUGCUAGUAUUCUAGUACAACCUAUUUCCUCUCCCUUUCAAAAUAUUCUCCUUGCAGGCCAAAAAUACAAUAAAACAAAACCAUGACAACUAUGGUAUCUCAAGAAAGCGUUGUUGCAUCGGUUUCUCGUACUGGCAGGGAUUUGCAGCGCUACAGAAAAGGUCGUCGUCAAGUUGUUGGAUGCAUACCAUAUAGAUACAUAAUUGGUGACCAAACUUCCUUAGGGGCAAAUGAAGAAUUAGAAGUUUUGGUUAUUACUUCGAAGAAAGGCAAAAGGAUGUUAUUUCCCAAGGGAGGUUGGGAAAUGGAUGAAUCAAAAAAGGAGGCAGCUUUGCGAGAAACCAUAGAGGAAGCAGGAGUAAGAGGCAUUGUAGAGGGUAAAUUGGGUAAGUGGAGGUUUAAAGGUAAAAACUAUGGUUAUGAAGGCUACAUGUUCCCUCUGCUUGUUCAAGAGCAAUUUGAGAUAUGGCCAGAGCAGAGUGUUCGUCAAAGAACAUGGAUGAAUGUUUCUGAAGCAAGGGAAGUUUGUCAACAGAGGUGGAUGAAAGAAGCAUUAGAGAGACUAGUAGAUCGUCUCAAAGGUCAUAAACUUGAUGAUGUAAAAGAAUUAGUAGUAGUAGGUUCUGUACAAUGCACAGGAGACGCCAAUUCUGACUAGUAAACAAAGGUAGUUUCCUGUGUUUGAUUUAAAAAUAAGGGGGUGUUUGUGUUAUUUAAGAUAAUUUUAGGGGAGGUUAAUGUAAUUUGCCCCAAUUAUUAAACAUUUAUACAUAUUAUUUAUUAAUUUUGAUUUAUUUAAUAAAAUGAAAUAUAUAUUUGAUAAAA